GGCCGGGCGCGCCCCUCCUUCCGCCCGCGGCCCCGGAAGCCGGCGAUGGCGCGGAAUGUGCUGUACCCUCUGUACCAGCUGGGCAACCCCCAGCUCCGGGUCUUCCGCACCAACUUCUUCAUCCAGUUGGUGCGGCCCGGCAUGGCCCAGCCCGAGGACACCGUGCAGUUCCGGAUCCCCAUGGAGAUGACCAGAGUGGACCUCAGGAAUUACCUCGAGCGCAUUUACAAUGUGCCCGUGGCUGCUGUGCGGACAAGGGUGCAGCACGGUUCCAACAGGAGGAGGGAUUACAGGAACGUCAGGAUAAAGAAACCAGAUUACAAGGUGGCGCACGUGCAGCUGAUCCGGUCCUUCUCUGCCUGUCUGGAGGUAGACGGCGCAGCCCUGGGAGUGUUGGCCCGGCUCGCCCCCCCCCGCCCCCCCAUCCUUGGAGCUGCUUUGCGAUGUGUAGCGCGUGGAGGUGGCCCCGCACCUCACGUUGCUUGGGGUCCCCUCCUCCCUCCAGCCCACUGACGGGCCACGUGCUGGGGGUCCGGGCUGGGACUUGGCCGGCACUCACGUGUUCUGAACUUCUAGUGAAAGACGCAAAACCAGU